GCGUCGCAGCAUCGCAAGCUCGCCAUGUACUACAAGUAUAACAACUACAACACCAACAACAACGACAGCAGCAGCAGCAGCAGCUUCAACAGCAGUAGCAGCAGCGACAGCAACAUUGACGCCGACAUAGAACAGCAGCAGCAUCAAGCAGCCAGGACGAGAAGGACUUCUGCUGUUGGCAUGAGCACGCGUGCGAGCACGAACAGGAACAUGAAUACAAGCAGCAACAGCAACAGCAGCAGGACCACGUCCAAGACGAGAGCAAGAGCCAUGUCGUUAAUCUAUUUACCGCCUUUCUGCUAUCCAUGUGGACAUUCGCCGGAGGCCAACGUCGAGCAGUUGAGCGGCGGUUGCAGCUGCAGCUGUUGUUGUCAGCCCUGGGAACAUACAAAUUAUGAUAAACAUGCCUCAGCCACAACGUUGACAGCAGCCACUGCAACGGCAACAGCAACAGCAGAGGUAGCAACAUCUACAACUACAACAACAACAAUAGCAUUAUCAUCAUCCUCAUCAGCUGCGUCGUCUGAGGUGGCGCGCAAAUUCCUGCAGCGUGAUAUCCAGUUACCCAUGGACUGCAUCGAUCUCAGACACGAGCAGAAGGCGUCGCAAUUAGUUAUGCCAAUUGUAGGUGGAGACGAAGCUGUAGAUGGCAACGGCAACAGCAACGUCUUGGAAUGUGCUGCGGCUGUGCGGCGCCAGCGACGUGAACGAAUGCGACGCGAACGAGAACGACAAAGUCAUGGCGUGGCGAUGUCGCUGGCCAUGUCGCUGGCAAAUCCAAUCAGCAGUGCAACAACAAACAAUUCGCAAACAACGACAACAACAACAACUGCGCUGGCCACAACUGGCGAGACGCUGCCACAUGAUGCAGCUCAUGAUGACGCCAAUGACGAUACUCAAGGCGAUGAUGAUGAUGAUGAUGUUGAUGAUGAUGAAUGUAGGUGCUUUAACUAUAACGGUGAUAUUAGUGCGCUGGAACGACUUGAGCAGGAGGAGCAGGGACAGGAGCAGGAUUCGCAGGAACUUCCUAGCAUUACGUGGCUGAAAUUCUGGCAGCAGCUGCUGCACAGCGUCUCUAACUCUGACUUCAACUCCAACUCCGACUCUAGCUCCAAUGCGACAACACAAACAACGAAGAUGACGACGGCCACGACCGCAACCACGACCACGACCACGACGAGGAGCAGGCAGCAGCCAAUCACAAGGAUGAACACAACAACGAGUAGCAACGGCAGCAGGAGGAGCAGCAGCAGUAGCUGUAUCAUCAGCAGCCACAACAUCAGCAGCUACAGCAUGACAUCGGCAAAAAGUUGGCUGGGUGCGCUGAUGCUGACGAUGCUGCUGGCCACGUCCGUGAGCGGUUGGGGCGGUCGACAAGAUGCGCCCACAAAUUGCACAUUUCCGGCACGUUGGGAAGGCUCCUGGUUCCUAUCGGGCUAUCAGCAAUCCAUACACAUCAAGGGCUCACAGUUCAGCUAUCGCGGCAGGUGUGCGGCCUCCGAUGGUAACAAAUAUCUGAUAGUCGAUGAGAAAGGAUGUCAUCGUUGCCUGGUUAUCUAUGAGAAGCAUAAAAAUGUGCUCCAGUAUAAAGAAAGUGAGUGCGAAGGUGAUAGUAUGUAUAUGCAUCAGUCGAAUCCAUCUGCACUGGCGAUGCGUAGCUCUAUAAAACAAAGUGAUCAUAGGGGGGGAGCUCAUCCCAAUACGAACGGGCAUUCAAGACUAUCAUCAUCGGAUCAGUACAUAAUGAGAUCCAAUGACGAUAUGAAUGAUUGUCCCCCAGACUUUUGCAAGGGCCGUGAGACUUUACAGAAUCUCUGCGAUCAAAUUCCUGGCGAUGCUCUGCUCUAUUCACUGUUCCGUGAGAGCGCCGAACCGGUCAAAUGUCCGCUAAAGGGUCCCUUUAUAUUCACAUAUAAUCGCGGCCAUGGGGAGUGCAAGUCCCCGGUGUCGAACAUUGAGAGCUGCACCGAAGAAAGCCGUCUGCUUUUGAGUUUUCAGGCUUGUCCCGACGUCCAGGGCACUGAGAGCACGGUCGAGGAGCUGACAUGCCUGGCAACCUGGAAGGAUGGCAACUCACGCUAUUUGGUCGGUCUCGUCUCCCAUCAUCAUGCCAUUUCCAAUGAGGAACGUUAUCGCUGCUUUGUUUACGAGAAAAUCUCCUCGUUGAUGGGCGGUCCCAGCAUGCUGAGCUCCAAAGAUGCCGAGUAUAAGCUGGCACAAUCCGGCGACGCCACUUGCAAUGGCUUAGACAGUGCUGAGGUUGGUUCACGUAUAAUGUCGCUGCGAAAACCGCCAGCGGCUGAGCGCUGCGAUUUUCCCGCCUGGUUCAAGGGUCCGCGACACUGGCAUGCACUUAUGGGGAACGCUGUCUACAAUUAUCAUUCCAAUGAUGGCUCUGUGCACAUUAUUAAGCCCAACGGCUACAUGGAGACACGUGCCCUUUGCGAGCAGAUAAACAAACAGACCUCAACCGAAAUGAUGGCCGUGGUACACUAUACAACCGGCUGCCAAUCGGGCUUUAUGUGCAUGAUGUUUUACCGUCGGGACACGCACGUCAUUGAGAUACAAACAGGAAAGCCGGCCUCUCGUCUAGAGGAUGCCUGUGCACCAGAUCACUUCGACUUCAAUAAGAUGGCCUACAUUACUUUGCUGGCAAGCAAUCCGGAACCGCAUAUUUGCCCCAUGGAAGGCCUGUACAAUCUGAGAGGCGCAAUUGGGCCACCCUACCUGGUCACGCGCCACAAGCGCAAUCACAAUGGCAAAUCACAUCUUGGACAUGGCCAUCACCAUCACGAGAGCAGCUCUGAUUCUGGGGAUUUUGGCCACAAGGGGCACAGUACACUGAGUUUUCGAAAUGCCGAGCGCAUGGAGCGCGACUCCUGGCAUGCCAACACUCGCGGCCUGCCGGUUCGCAGUCGACGCAAUGCACCCCAAGCACAAGCACAACAGCAACAGCAACAGCAGCAGCAGCAACAGCAAGCUUUGGUUCUAAGCAGUCUCAAUAGCAACAACGACACUAGUGUGGGCUUUAUUGCUCCUCGAAGUCGACGCGAUGUACCCGGCUGUGUGACCAACUACAAUGCGCAACGACAGCUCUGGGUGGGUUGCAGUGCACCAAAUGCAAUCGAUGUGAGUCCCCUGUGCAGUGUGGACGGCGAGGAAGAGUACUCCUGCCAUGGCUCUUGGAGCGAGAAUAGCACCGUCUAUAUUAUAGCCCGACACAAGGGCACCAAGCACGGCGUCUGUAUUAGUUACAGGCCUACAGAAGGCAACUCAGCCAAGCUGGUCGUUGGCGAUGCCUGCUAUCGUGGCACACAGAAGCCGCCGGAUCAUCAUCUGGUUGCAAACCUUUCCGUUUUCGGUAAAUGCGGUGAAACGGGAUCGAGCGCUAGCACAGAUCACUUGGCCAGCUCAUUGCUAUUGUUUGCAAUGCUCACGUGGCUGACGUUGCAAAGCUGAUUUCAUAACGAACUAAACAGUUUGGGACUACACAAUAACGAUUUGUACACGGGCACCAAAGUGCCGCCGCAUAUGCAACACUAAUCCCAACAAAAAACCAAACUCCCAAACCAAACUCCCAUUACGAUAAACAUGUAUACAAGACACACAUUUAAGACUUAUUGUACAUUGCAUAUAUAUAUAUUGUAUGUGUAAGGCGUAAUCAAAUGAUUCAAAUUUGUUUUGCUGUAUAUAACCAAUUUGUUUAUUAUGGUCACCUCCUUUUUUGUUUAGUUCUAAGUGCUUAUAUUAAAGUCGAUAUAUUAUAUUACAAUUACAAAAAAAUGGAAAACAAUAUUAAAACGAAAGAAAAACAAAAAACAAAUAAUGGUUUGCAAUAAAGCCUUAGAGCAAGCGCUGUUUGUAUUAGGCCUAGUAAAACGCGCCUAUUGCUAAAUAUAGCGCUGAAAAUUAAAUAAUUAUAUACAUAUGCGAAAAACGCUAUUUAUUUGUAAUACAAUUAUGCAUAAAAAAAAAAAACAAGUUAGAAGCAGCAUGAAAACAAAAAGUUUAUGUGAAGCAUAACAAAACUACAUUAGAUACGAAUGUAAGCUAAAAGCUUUUCGUUUCGUAUGCUGAGAUAAAAGUGAAAUAGUGUUUUAUGCAUUUAUUUUUUUAUAUCAUUUCCAAAAUGUUUCCUACGACAAAAGUACACACUGAAAUACUAAAACGAAAACAACCUUCUAGUAACUACAUACACUAAAUUAGUUUUCGUAUUGUUUUCAAAAUGUAAAAACUAACAAAAGCAAAAAAACGAAACAGAAGCAGAAAAAAGCAUUGUGUACGCGUAUAUUUUGAUGUACAGUGCAAGAUAUUACAAAAUAAGCAUAAUUAUAUACAUACAUAUAUGAAGGAUACAUAAAAUAAUAUAAAUAAAUUUUGCAUAGGAUCACAUUGGUUUCAUAAUACAUAAUUAAUACCUUGCAAAAUAAAAACAUAACUUACAUAUACAUAUUUACGGGGGCGAUUCAAUACACUUGGCUAACGAUUCAGCAAGCAUAAGUGAAUAAAUCAUGAAUGAAUGAAUGGGUUAGAUGAAGUAUUCGAUCUUCAAACUUUAUUAAGUAGCAGCACUCACGUUCAUAAUCAAUCAACUAAUUUCUAAAGACACACAACAAACAAACAACCAAACAAACAAAGACAACAAUGAAUCAGCAAGAAAUGCUAAAAUAAUUAGAGUGUUUAAGGCAAUUAAGCGGUGAUAUAGGUCUAGAAUAAACAAAAAAAAAAAAACACAAAAA